AUGGAUCCCAAUCCCAAGAGCCACCCCAUCCUCUCCUACGUCAUGUCCCGCAUCCCCUCUAUGGGGCCGCGGUAUGCUCUUCCCACCACCAGGGCCAGCGCCGGCGCCGGGUCCUCCGCUGGAGGUGGCCUCCCAUCCGACUCGGUCGAGAUCAGCAUCGACCAGCCCUCUGAUCCAUCCACGUCGUCCUCUCCGCCGCCGCCGCCGCAGAUAGUCGACCGGAUGCCCCACCUCGCCCACCCCAAGCUCUUCGCCUCCAUGGCCAACGCCGUCACUAACGUUGCCCAGACCCGAGCCAUCCUCAAGACCCUGGGCGACCGGCCCGACCACGAGGCCGUCGACGAGGCCCGUGCCAAGCUCGCCGAGAUCGAUUGCAACCUCGCGAAGAAGCUCGAGGAAAUUGUUCUCUCGCCCCGGCCCUCCAACAUUGACCUAUUUGAGUGGCGAACUCACCUCGCUGAGAAGGAGAGGCAGUGCAGGGAGGAGGCCGAGAAGGAGAAGAGCUAUUACAAGGGCAUUAUUGCCCUCGACGAGAUGCAUGAGGCCUAUGCGAAGAUGCUGAAGGAGGCUGAGGAGAAUCUCGUGAAGAUCUACGAGAAUGCCACCGACGAUAAGGAGGGGGGCGCGGAGGGCAGCGUGACCGAGGAAGUGAACGAGGAGGUUGUUGGGGUUCUGAGGGAAGGGCUGGGCUCCGAUGAUCUGCAGCGGGUGGAUUUGUCGGGCCGGAGGCUGAGGAUCCUGCCAGAGGCCUUCGGGAAGAUUCAGAGCUUGGUUGUGCUUAAUCUCUCCAAGAACCAGCUUGAGGCUCUUCCUGACUCGAUUGCUGGGUUAGAAAAUCUGGAGGAGCUUGACGUGUCCUCGAAUCUCUUGGCGUCACUGCCCGACUCCAUUGGUUUGUUGCAUAAACUGAAAUAUCUCAACGCAUCAGGCAACAAGCUCACUUCUUUGCCUGAUAGCAUCUGCCACUGCAGAUCACUGGUGGAGUUGGACGUGAGCUUCAACAGCCUCACAUACUUGCCAACCAAUAUCGGUCAUGAUAUGCCAUAUCUACAGAAGCUCUGCAUUCAACUGAACAAGAUCCGUUCACUUCCGACCUCAGUCUGCGAGAUGAGGUCUCUGCGGCACCUGGAUGCCCACUUCAAUGAACUCCGGGGCCUUCCACUUGCAAUUGGAUAUCUGACGAACCUCGAGACACUCAAUCUGAGCAGCAACUUCAGCGACUUGACAGAACUUCCCGAGACGCUCGGGGACUUGACAAACCUCAGGGAGCUCGAUCUCAGCAAUAACCAGAUCCACGCCCUUCCGGACACGUUUGGUCGGCUCGACAACUUGGUCAAACUCAACCUGGACGAGAACCCUCUGGUAAUCCCACCCCCAGAGGUCGUUAAGGAAGGAGUGGAAGCCGUGAAGGUCUUCAUGGCCAAGAGAUGGGUCGACCUAUUGGUGGAGGAAGAGAGGAGGAGCAUGCAAGAGUCACAGGAACAGGGACAGACAGGGUGGUUGACACGGAGCACUUCUUGGCUAAAGGGAGUUUCCGAGACUGUCACUGGGUACCUAUCUCCGAGAAGUCCUAGAGACCCUUACCUCGAUCAGCAGCUAUGAUUGUUCGCCCAUCUAUAGCUCUUCCUCUUGGCAUUUCCUGUUGCCUGUGUUCUUUCGGGAUAAGUGGUGGGAAUAGGCCAGUGUAAGUACAGGAAUUGCAAGAAGUUAAUAGGCAGAGCAAAAGUGCUGCGCAUUUAGUUCUAGAAGACGAUAGGUUUUGCUUCGGUUAGUACUUUUUACCAUUUUGUUUGAGCUGUUGAUGUUUUCUGCCUCGGUGGUUGUUUGCAUAAAAGGCCUGGGACAGCCUUUGUUCAAUCCAUGGAGUGGCCAUUGAAGUGGAAUUAACUGCACUUUUUGGCGCA